AAUUCGAAAAAAAAUGUUCAAAAGUGUCAGGAUGUUCUCAACGAAAAAAUCACAAGGAAAUUUGCACAAAUAUAUUCAACGGCAAUCAACAGACGAAUUUGCGGUUAAAGCUCGUGAGCACAAUUACCGAGCACGGAGCGCCUUCAAAUUAAUCGAAAUUAAUGAGAAAUUCAAAUUUCUGAAACCGGAGAGUACUGUAAUCGAUAUUGGAUGUGCACCUGGCUCAUGGCUUCAAGUAGUUGUGCAGAAGUGUCCAAAUGGAUAUGCAUCGGGUGUAGAUUUACAAAAUGUUCUCCCAAUCCGCGGUGCCGACAUCUUAUCACUCUCCGAUAUUACCGAUCCAGCAGUGAAACUGAAAAUUCGAGAAAAACUAGCACAUCGGCAAGUGGAUGUUGUUCUAAGUGAUAUGGCACCAAAUCCGACUGGAGAUAACGCUACGGAUCACUUGAGGCUUAUCGAGCUGUGCCGAUCCGUUUUUCGAUUAUUUUCAGUGGAAAAUGAAAUUGAAUUAGUGAAGAAUGGAGUUUACUUGUGCAAGAUUUGGGAUGGAAGUGCACGUGCCGAGUUCGUCCGUGAACUUUCCGAUCGAUUCUCAACUGUCAAAACGGUCAAACCUACAGCAUGUCGUGACAAUAGUGCAGAGCUCUAUUUAUUUUGUAGAAAUUUCAAAAAAUAAAUGUGAUUUUUUGUUU